UCGGUGUUGCGCUGUCCGUGCUGCAGGGCAUUGUGGGGGGCCGCGUUUUAAAACCGUUGCUUUUUGUGUGUGUAUGUGUUUAUACCUUCGGCGGGUUCUGUUAAAAUGGCGCCCUAAGUAACGGGCCAGGCGGGCACUAGGUUGGGAGCUUCGGGGGUGGGGGCCGCCGAGGGCGUAUCCCCCUCUCCAUCCUCCUUCCACGCCCUCAGUCCGCCCGCUGAUGCGAGGAUGGCGAGUCCGGAUCAGAAAUCCCCCAAUGUUCUGCUGCAGAACCUGUGCUGCCGCAUCCUGGGCAAGGGCGAAGCUGAUGUGGCCCAGCAGUUUCAGUAUGCGGUGCGAGUCAUUGGAAGCAACUUUGCCCCCACUGUUGAGAGAGAUGAAUUUCUUGUAGCAGAAAAAAUUAAAAAAGAAUUGGUGCGGCAAGGAAGGGAAGAAAAUGCUGCUUUGUUUUCAGAGUUGUACAGAAAACUCCACUCGCAGGGUGUUUUGAAAAACAGAUGGUCAAUCCUCUACCUCCUGCUCAGCCUCAGUGAAGAUCCACGUAAGCAGUCAAACAAGGUGUCAAAUUUUGCUACACUGUUUGCUCAAGGACUGCCACGGGAUGCUCACUCAACUCCUUAUUACUAUGCCAGGCCUCAGACGCUCCCACUGAAUUACCAAGAUCGAAAUGCCCAAUCUGGCCAGAACGUUGGCAGUAUGGGAAGCAGUGGGAUCAGCAGCAUAGGCAUGUAUGCACCAAAUGGACCGACACCAACUCCACAGUCACUUCUUCCAGGACAAUCCUAUCAACGUGCAGGAGUGGGAGAUUGCCUUCGACAACAGCUAGGAGCACGGCUUGCAUGGACUUUAACUGCAGGCCAGCCUACUUUACAGAAUUCUACCUCAAAAGGCCUUGCAACCAUUGUUUCACGCAACAUGCCAAAGUCAAGGCGGGAAGGAGACCUAAGUGGUUCUGUUGAAAUAACUGAAGCAUAUCUUGUGAGAGACAUUUUGUACGUCUUCCAGGGAAUAGAUGGCAAAAUAAUAAAAAUGUUCAAUUCAGAAAACUGUUACAAAGUAGAUGGAAAGGUGAGCCUUUCAAAGUCUCUGAGAGAUACUACAAGCCGUCUUGCUGAGUUAGGGUGGCUGCAUAACAAAAUAAGGAAGUACACAGACCAGAGAAGUAUGGACCGGGCAUUUGGACUAGUGGGUCAGAGUUUUUGUGCUGCCUUAAACCAGGAACUUAAAGAAUACUACAGGCUACUAUCUGUGUUACACUCACAGUUGCAGGUAGAAGAUGAUCAAGGUGUAAAUUUAGGGAUUGAGAGCAGUUUAACACUUCGCCGUCUCUUAGUCUGGACAUAUGAUCCUAAAAUAAGGUUGAAGACACUUGCAGCACUUGUUGAUCACUGCCAAGGAAGAAAAGGUGGUGAAUUGGCAUCAGCUGUCCACGCAUACAGUAAGACAGGCGACCCCUACAUGAGAUCCCUGGUGCAACACAUUCUUGGCCUUGUGUCGCAUCCUGUCUUGAAUUUCCUUUAUCGUUGGAUUUAUGAUGGGGAACUGGAGGACACUUACCAUGAAUUCUUUGUAGCUUCAGAUCCCACGGUGAAAACAGAUCGGUUGUGGCAUGACAAAUACACAUUGAGAAAAUCCAUGAUUCCUUCUUUUAUUACUAUGGAUCAUUCAAAAAAGGUUCUCCUAAUUGGAAAAUCCAUAAACUUCUUGCAUCAGGUUUGUCAUGACCAAUCUCCAUCAUCAAAGAUGAUAGCUGUGGCCAAAUCUGCAGAAUCUCCAAAGGAUGCUGCUGAAAUGUUCACAGAUUUGGAAAAUGCAUUUCAGGGAAAAAUAGAUGCUGCAUAUUUUGAGACCAGCAAAUAUUUGCUAGAUGUUCUCAAUAAAAAGUACAAUUUACUGGAGCACAUGCAGGCUAUGAGACGUUAUUUACUACUUGGUCAAGGAGAUUUUAUCAGGCACCUAAUGGACUUGCUUAAGCCAGAGCUUGCCAGACCAGCAACCACUUUGUAUCAACAUAACCUGACAGGAAUCCUUGAAACAGCUGUCAGGGCAACUAAUGCACAGUUUGAUAAUCCUGAGAUUCUCAAACGUUUGGAUGUCAGACUUUUGGAGGUUUCUCCUGGUGAUACGGGUUGGGAUGUUUUCAGUUUAGACUACCAUGUUGAUGGACCAAUUGCAACGGUAUUUACACGAGAGUGCAUGAGCCAUUACCUGAGGGUGUUCAAUUUUCUGUGGAGGGCAAAACGGAUGGAAUACAUUCUCACAGACAUAUGGAAAGGACACAUGUGCAAUGCGAAGCUUCUAAAAAAUAUGCCAGAGCUUUCUGGGGUGCUGCAUCAGUGUCACGUUCUGGCAUCAGAAAUGGUCCAUUUCAUUCAUCAAAUGCAGUAUUACAUUACAUUUGAGGUGCUUGAAUGUUCAUGGGAUGAACUUUGGAACAAGGUUCAGCAAGCUCAGGAUCUGGAUCACAUCAUUGCUGCUCAUGAGGUUUUCUUAGACACAAUUAUAUCUCGUUGUUUGCUGGACACUGACUCGAGAAUGCUUCUCAACCAGCUUCGAGCAGUUUUUGAUCAGAUCCUUGAGUUUCAAAAUACCCAGGAUGCUAUGUACAGAGCUGCCUUGGAGGAGUUACAGCUACGGUUACAGUAUGAAGAAAGGAAAAGAGAGAGAGAACUUGAGGGUCAGUGGGGAGUAACAGCUUCAGAAGAAGAAGAAGAGACUAAAAGAAUUAAAGUGUAUCAAGAGACAAUACCAAAACUGUGUUCACAGUUACGACUACUUACCCAUUUCUAUCAGGGCAUUGUGCGGCAGUUCUUGGUCUUGCUGACCACGAGUUCUGAUGAAAGCCUUCAGUUUCUUAGCUUUAGAUUGGAUUUCAAUGAACAUUAUAAAGACAGGGAACCCAGGCUUAGGAUGUCUUUAGGCACUAGAGGGCGACGUAGUUCACACAUAUAAACUCUGCAGUGAAUGUAACCAGGAUCACUGAAGUGUAACCCAUUGUUGGAUGUGGCAGUCAAGGCUGGCAUACUAAAACCAAAUGGCAUGCAAUGGGUGUUUGUCAUUAUUGCAAGCAACCUGUUUUCAGUCAUGUGAUUGUGCAACACUAGUGCAGAAAGCAACGAGGCUUAUUUUCUAUAUUUAAUGUUUGAUAUUACUAAAUGGGUUUAAUUAGUUACAAACUUUGUUUUGUUAGUUCAUUAACAGAUCACUGUAUUUUGUUUGGGGCUUUUAAAGCACAUUCCGCUGUAAUUUAUAUUUGUCUCUGAAAAAUUUUAUUCACUUGCAGAAAGUACUGUUUUCUUCAACACUCAACAGGGGUAUUUUCAAUUUCAAAAUCACUUUUGUUUAAAACUCACCAGAUUAGGGAUCUGGUCAGAAAAUAUAUAUCUUAUUUCUUUUUCAGUGUUGUGAUGUACUUGCCUGUGUGGAAAAAUGAGUCACUUCCAAUUGCAUACAUUAUUUUCAACAUUUUCAAAACAAUGAUUUAUUUUUCCAGAAAAAAAAUAUUAAAACUACUAUACAGAAACAAAUAUUAGAGACCUAACAGGAGUAACACAUAACAGAUAUCUUUAAAAUAAAAGUCAAAACCUCAGUGCUCUCAAGUAAUGAAACAUGUAAAUAUUGAAUAAAUGUGAAUGAAGUAUUUUGUGUUCAAAUCUAAGGUUGUUAGAAAUUAAUUUGGAUAAUGAAGACUUAUUUCUCUUUCCUUGCCUAUUUUUCCAUUGUAAAUAUUUAUAUAUUGCUGUCCAAAAGUUAGGGGGGAAACAUUUUUGUAAAGAAGUCACUAUAUAUCAAGUCAUUCAAUUAUCCAUUUGUUAUAUUCACAGGUAAAAGCUUAGAAAAUAAACAAUUAUCUUUCAAACA